UUGUUUCCUGGAAGACAAAUACUUCGUCGGCUUAAAAGGUCUCGAGAUUCUAGACGUAGAGGAUGACUUCAGAGUGGGAUUGUUUCAAGCUGUGAUGCUUUCAUAUGAGUGUCAGCUGCCUGUCAUUGCAGUGUGCUGGAACAUCACAUUUGGCAACGUCAGAGAGAGAAAAACGUGAUCACAGGAGCUGUCUGCGAAGGAGCAGUUACCAGUGUUCACAACACAGCUCAUCAGAAUCUGACUUUUAAAGAGCUAGCAAUGUUGUACAAAUUAGUCUAUCCCAUAAUACUCUCCCACUUGAAUUGGUGAGGUGUGGGGGAGGAGGAGGAAAAUACCCUGAGUUUUUUUAGCCUAUGCCUUUAAUGUACUCACGUCUGCAAUACUGUAGAUAUGACACUUCUGCAUAGCAAACUGGUUAAUCAUAGCUACGGUCUGGUAGCUAUGACUCUUCCGCAUAAGCAAAUGAGUUUUGGAAAGGCAUCAUAAACCAAAAGAUUCUGCUGGGGUUGACAGCUUCCUAUGGCUCUAAAAGUAGAGAAAGAACAGCAGUACAAGUGUUCUUCGGGUGAUUUUCACUGGCUGAUCUCUUCCAUACUGGCACAUUACCUGAACGUAGUUAUGUUUUCUUUUAGAUACAAUGGAGAGGCCUUCCUUGGAAAUUAACCUGCCCAAUACUCAGGAAGAAGGGAAACUUUAUGUAGUUGAUUCCUUAAACAACCUAAACAAACUAAAUGUUUGUCCAGAUGGAUCCCAACAUGUGCUAGAUGAGGAGGAGAACAUUGGUGCUACUGAAGAAAACACGUCAGGGAGCAACAUCAGGAACCAGCGCUUGUUCUUCGUCACCUUCAUUCUUACUUUGAUCAUCAGUUUGGCACUUGUUUCAUUUGUAAUAUUCAUAAUCAUUCAAACUAGAAACAAGAUGGACCAAAUAUCAAGCAGACUAAUAGCUGAAAAGAAGAACAUAGAAGAGCUUAAGAAAAUUAACAAUAUGAUAUUAAAGCAUCUAAAUCAAUCAGGAAUUAAGGAAAAUGGGAGCUACCUCUUCACACAGUCUCCUGAUCUUCACAGUUACCUCUUUGCCCAUGCUGAGCUGAAAGUCCCUGAAGAAUAGAUCUUCUUUGGUAUGAAAUUCAGUGUAUUUAUGUACUCAAGCUAUUUUCACAUAUGGCACAUGGGUCACUUAAACAUUCUGACAUGGUCACAGGAGCAUUAGAAAAGCCAGAUGUAUGAAAGACAGUAGAAAACAGUAUUUUAUCCUGUUUCAUAUGAAUAUAGAGUUGACAACAAACUAUGAUUUAUAAUAAAUGAUGGAUUAUCAGUGAUUUUGGGCAAGAGUUCCAGAUUCUCCGUGCAUUCUAAAUUGAAGGGCUAAGGGCUUAGUUUUACUUUAAAUGUGAGUGAUCACAGAAAAUAGUAAUUUCUGUUCACAUGAUUUCAGUAUGACCUUGUUCACUUAGUCAUUCUCCUCUUGGUUUUUUUUUUUGAACAAGUUUUGUGUUUGCUUCUGUAUUAUUUGUAUUUAAGGAUAACUUCAGAUUCCUUAACUUAUAAAUAAAUCCCAUUUCUGCCAUGGACUUUGGUGGUUUUCCUUUCUGUUCAUCUAAACAGAUCGACUUACUACUGUUUUUGUGAGAAAACAAACUUGAGUAAAAUCAAAGCAUUUCAUAACAUGCCAUAUUCCUCCCAAAUUUGUAUUGGCUGAACAUGUGUAUUAUAUUGUCUUAUAUGGGAAACAGGUUUAGAGGACUCAGUCUGGGAAUACCCAUCUCAUAACAAUGCUAGUAUUCUGUCAUCAGUAUUUGCUGGUAGUUUCUGGGAGAAGACCAAGUGUUUUUAUAAAGCAACAUGGGGAAAAUGCUACAUGUUCUUGUACUCUUCCCUAUAGUUGUUGUUGGCUACUACCAGAAAACAGCCAAGUAAAAUCUGGUCUGAACCUUCAUGUUUUUAAAAUGGAGCAGUACCUCAGAGGGUAAAAGCAGGAGCCAAUGCUUUCUCGCUCCGACUUUACACAGCUGUGGAGACCAACACCCAGAAGAGUGAUCACUUAAUGCACUGGUGGGUAGCGUUGCCAUUUUAGCAUUAAGAACCUUCUACUGGCACAUACAUUAAGAAGCCACCUCCAUUAUCAAUAAAUAAAUCGGUUACUCCUAUCUCAACAGUGCAAUGGCAGCUGACACUAUGGAGUAUGUGCAACAUCUUCUCUUUUACUCUGAGGUCUGUUUGUCAUUCAAUGCUUCCUUAUCUCUUCUGGACAAUUUUACAAAAACACCACCAAAGCUGACAACUUUCAUCGCAGUCUCUUCUUCCAGAAUAACUGAUAGUCCUUUCUGCGCUGGCUACUUCAUUGUCUACAACAGAGUCAAGAACUACGCCCAGGAAUCUUUCCUGGUAUCACUCUACUCGGAUUUGCCCAACCAUUCUAUUCCUGCUAUUAGGAGUGCUUUGCUCUACACCUAUGUUUUAGAUCACCUACUUUAUAUUUCUUUUCUUUUCCUGACACAUUACUGUCAAGUCACUCAUGAAAACUGUGAGGUCAUUCUCAAGACUUCAUUACUCCUGCUGUUAAUGCCCAGCUGCAGUUGCAACUAUCUACUCUGGACAUCACAAGUAGUUGUUACAAAGAUAACUUUAAAAUAGCUAACAAAGAAUGAUAAAAAGUAACUGUAGAAGUUGGAAGGAAAGAAAUCCUAAAAGCUCAACCCACACAUCUUUCUGUACAUGCUGGUAAACAAUGAAAGAAAAGGUAUUGUAAGACUAAAAACAUGACACUCGCAGCAUUGCUUCUCUGUUCUUUGAGCUGUCAGCUGAUUUUUAGUGACAAUAUUAAGUUCGCAUCUCUCCCACUCAUCUUGUAGCUAUUCUAAGUGCUUUCAAGCUCCUGUCUUGCACUGACACACAUCUGUACUUGUUAGCCAGGGAGAAACAACUCUAGUAUUUCGUACUCAGUGCAUCUCAAAAACGUGGAUUUGUCACAUCCUUUGUUGCAACUGCAGCUAUUAGAGCAGUGUGUGGUCCACUAGAAACUGACACAGUCAAUAGUUUUUUUUUUUUUGGCAGGAGACUGUAAAUAAAAUCUGUGCUAUAGCAACAGUCCCCAAAGAAAUUAAAGCUUAGUUAUCUCUCUGAUCCUGUCCUCAAUUACUCUUAAUCUAGUUAUUUGAUCAGUACUCAUAAUAAAUCUACUUUUCCUGUCUUCAUUGUUGAUUAGAAGUGUCAGGGUGGGGUGGGAGAGGGUUCACUCCAUGGUUUGAUCCUGCAAGGUGCUGAGUGCCCUUAUGUGCCACAGACUUAGGACCAGCUCAGGCAGACAGAUGUGCAGGCAUGCUGAGUACCACACAGGUCUGAGGCUCCAAGUCAUCCUUUCUUGCUUCUUCAGUUGCAGUGGUCAGCUAUUAAGAUUAGUGACUGAAGCAGUGCAAAGAUCCAAGGGCCUCCUUAGGCUCAUUCUGCUAGCACUGCUGAAACACAUUUGUUGUUGGAGCCACUGGUGUACAAGGGAGACACGGGGCAGCACUGCUUAUGGCUGUUUAUGGCUUCUCAUCUCAAGAUACCAACAUCCAUUUACAGUUAGAACUGCUUCCAUAUGAGACCAGAGCAAGGGUUUACAGGGCUGCCUUGACAGCAGAGUGCCACAACCAUUCCACCAACACUUUCUGGAGUACCCCCCUAAAUAGAAGAAAGUAGCGUUUCCUGCAUGGGGACAUUUCUGUCUAAUCUACUGACAGUUAAAUAGUCCCAAAGAAAGCUUGACUCCUAAAAUUUUCUACAAACUUGACCCUGAAGUGAACUUCAGCUCAUUCCAGAGCUCCACAAUCCUCAUCUUGAAUAAACAGCUAAGUGACUAGUAAACUCCAAGCUCCAGCUGCAUGUGGUGUAACCGCCGUGCUGUAUAGGUAUAUUACAAUGUCUCCUGUAGACACCGGCAGCACACCUCAGGAGACUUUGCAAAGUCUGCUAUAAUGACAAAGAACAGGAGCAAGGUGAUCUGACAGUCACAAUUUCAUCUUAUAGCAGCCACAGCCGUUUUCCUCAGUAGUGAUGCUACUUUAUCUCUGAUUUGCAGGCUAUGGAGGUAUCUAUCCAAAAUAACUUUGUUUUCAGUAUUUUGCUGAGCCCACUGUAAAUUAAAAUGAUGCAAAGGGGUUCAGGCAGAUGUAACAACAUGCAACUGACACUCAUCUCU